AUCAAAACAAGCGACGCGUUACGAGGGGCGGGGCUACGCACACAGCUGUCGUGCAGGAGUGGUUGCCAUGGUGGACAUGUCUCUCUAGCGAUGUCGGUUUAAGCAACUUCAAUUUUAUUUUAUUACGAGCUAUUCAUCAUGGCAGAGACGGUCGAUGGCAAGAAGGACGAGGCUGACUAUAAGAGACUACACAGCUUUCCUCUCAUAAGGCACACUGAUAUGCCGGAGGAGAUGCGGGUGGAGACCAUGGAGCUCUGUGUUACUGCGUGUGAGAAGUUUGCCACUAAUAAUGAGAGCGCCGCUAAAAUGAUAAAGGAGUCGAUGGAUAAGAAGUUCGGGAGCUCUUGGCAUGUGGUGAUCGGCGAGGGCUUCGGUUUCGAAAUUACACAUGAAGUGAAGAAUCUGCUGUACAUGUUCUUCGGUGGAGGUUUGGCGGUGUGCGUCUGGAAGUGUUCCUAACCCAAAUACUGUCUGACAAACACUUUUUCAUGUGCUUUCUGACUUUAUACUGAAUGUGCCACAUGUGUAUGUUUAUUUAUAUUCAGUACUGAACAGGGUGCAGCGUUUCACAUGGUUUAUUCUGAAUGUAGUGUUUUAUGUUUUCAUCUCCAUUUUAGCUGGCAGGGCAUCUGUGGGGUUUAUUGUCCAAUUUCUGCCACUCUUUUCAGUCUUCUUUCUGUCCAUCCUCGGUUGUUUAUGAUCAUUUCCACCUCUUUCAUUUCUUUUCUGAAGGACAAAGUAUUUUUAUAUGAUAAAAUGCUAUUUUUCAAUUCAUAUGGGAAUACAUUCUUUUUUUU